UCAAUUAUUGAGAAUUUGGGGUUUUAGAUUUUACAAAUCAAUCGUUUAAAUUCGUAAAUCAAGAAUCAGAAAUCGAAGAAUAAAUUUAUAAGAAAUGGCGCAUUUCGGAGAAAUGGCGAAUGUGGCCCAACUGGCGGGAAUGGAUGCAGCGAGCCUAAUCGGGAUGAUAGUGAAAGCAGCAACAACUGCACGAAUGCACAAGAAGAACUGCAGACAAUUCGCUCUGCAUUUGAAGCUGAUCGGUAAUUUGUUGGAGUCCCUUAGAAUUUCCGAGCUCAAAAAAUAUCCGGAAACUCGAGAGCCGUUAGAGCAGCUCGAGGACGCUUUGAGGAGGUCGUACGUGUUGAUACAUAGUUGCCAAGAUCGGAGUUAUUUGUAUCUUCUUGCUAUGGGUUGGAACAUCGUUUACCAGUUUCGGAAAGCUCAGAGCGAAAUCGAUCGGUAUUUGAAGAUCAUACCCCUCAUUACACUUGUCGACAAUGCUCGUGUUCGGGAACGAUUUGAAAUGAUCGAAAGAGACCAGCGUGAGUAUACAUUGGACGAGGAGGACAAAAAAGUGCAAGAAAUGAUUCUCAAGCGCGAGCCUUCUCAACACGACACGAUUAUAUUGAAAAAAACGCUUUCUUGUUCGUAUCCAAACAUGCCAAUAAAAAAGGCCAUACAAAAGGAAAACGAGAAGCUUCAUUUGGAGCUGCAGCACUCACAGGCUAAUUUGGACGUUCGUCAGUGUGAAGUGAUUCAGCAUCUGCUCGAAGUUACGGAAGCUGUUGCAUCAAAUUCUUCAUUGUCUGAAAAAAGUUCGCAUGUUAAAGAAUCCAAGGUGGAGCAUCUUUACGUAGACGUCAAAACUGAAAACAGAGACUUCGAUAAGAACUACACUAAGAACAGUCAAAAGCAUGCAGCUUCACGGAGCACGUCUUCGGUUUCAUCGAGACGUGAUUUGCUGGCAUCGGACGUUUCGGAGGAUGAGUGGCAUUCAGAUUUACUUGGCUGCUGUGCAGAACCUCUUCUGUGCAUAAAGACCUCGUUUUUCCCAUGUGGCACAUUUUCCAGAAUUGCUUCAGCGGCAAAUAGUAGAGACAUCUCUCCGGCAGAAUCUUGCAACGAUUUGAUGGCUUAUUCUUUGAUACUUUCCUGCUGCUGCUACACUUGUUGCAUCAGAACCAAACUCCGCAAAAUGCUAAACAUCAAGGGAGGCUUGUUCGACGAUUUUCUUUCACACCUCAUGUGUUGUUGUUGUGCCCUUGUCCAAGAAUGGCGAGAAGUCGAGAUUCGUCAAGUCAAAGGUAACCAAUCUCUUAAUUCAUCAUUAUCUUUAUUUAAUACGACGUAUGUAAAUUACAUCGUUUUUAUAUGAGGGGAUGUAAUCGACAAGCUUCAAAUGUUUGUGAUUCCGAUUUUUAAUUUUUUGCAGGUGGUCUGAAAAUAACGACUCCUCCGACUAUCCAAUAUAUAGAAUAUUGAAUCGAUAGAUUGCACAUAUAUGUAUGUAUGUAUGUAUGUAUGUAUGUAUGCAUUAAAGAACCUUAUGUACAGGUAAAAAUGGUUUGUAGCCAAAUCAAAACUAUUUUGGGACUUUGUUUCGAGACUUGAAAAUGACUCCACCAUUUUUAUAACAUGUCA